AUGGAGGGGGGGAUGCCGGAGUCCACGGGGGGAUGCGACUGGCGGGCGCUGUUGGAGGCGGCGUGCGCCGAUGAUAGGCGCGGCGGGGAGCAGGAGGCGGCGCGGGCGCAGCUGCAGGCGCUGGUGCGCGGCGGCCACGUGGCGCUGAGCGACGUGGUGGGCGGCAUGGGGCCGCACCUCACCACCGCCGACGGCGCGCUCCGAGCCAGAGGCACGGCGUUGCUAGCGGCGUUGGUGGAGGCCAUGCUCUCGGUGCCACUGCCACCGCCCACACUCGCCACUCUCGCGCGCUACUUCUCCCUCCGCAUGGACACUCCCUCUCCCCUUCCUUCUCCCUCUCUCCCCCACUCCCUCUCCCCCUCACUCCCGCUCCCCCUCCCUCCCGCCCUCCCGUUCGCCUGCCAGGCGGAUUGGCCGUGUGUGAGGGGGGCGCUGGCGGGGGCGGUGGCGCUGCUGCAGAGGGGGGAGGGGGUGGGCGCAGUGGCGGAGGGGGAUGCGGGGAGCAUGGCAGCAGCGGUGGUGCAGGUGCACGUGCAGGCGCUGCCGCAGGCUGACCGCAUGCUCGCCCUGCAAGUGCUGCGCGUCCUCUUGGAGCGCCGCCUCGCAGCGCCCCCCUCUCAAGCACACAAGGGCGCGAGCAAGCGAGGUGAAGGGGGAGGGCAGUGGGCGGGGCUAGCGGCGGGAGUGGUAACGGUGGUGGAUGGGGAGAAGGACCCGCGCUGCCUGCUGCAGGCGCUGCGCGUCGUGGCGCUGCUGGUGGGCGCGCUGCACCGGGAGGGCGGUGGUGCUGCUGUGGGCGGCGUGGCGGAUGACCUUUUUGACGUCGUCUCUGCUUACUUCCCCGUCUCCUUCUCCCCCGUGAGGCUCAUCCCCCUGCCAUCUGCGCAUACAUCUAUGGUGGUCAUUCUGGCUCUUUUGGCGGAUCUGUCUGAUCUGCCUACCAUGCAUGUGGCGCAUGCAGUGUCAGCUGGGGUUGUUGUGGCUGCUUGGUCAACCACAGCAACCCCAUCAUGCCUUCACGUCAGAUAUUUUAUAAUGCCCCGCACUCACCCUCGCCAUCAUGCCAUCAAGCCGUUGUGCCUCUCCCCUUCCCCCCUCCCCUUGCAGCCGCCCAAUGACCCGCGGGGAAUCACGCGAGAGGACCUUGUUCAGGCGCUGCUGGGCGCCUUCCAGAGCACGCCGCUCUUCGCCCCCAUGGCCAUCCCACUGCUCCUCGACAAGCUCUCCUCCUCCUUCGCCACUGCCAAGCUCGACUCCCUGCGUUUCCUCACUGCCUGUGCCACCGCCUGGGCUGCAGGGGACGCGGCACAAGAGGAGUGGGAGCAUGAAGCGGGCGAUGGGAAGCGCGAAGGAGGCAAUGAGCGGCAGAGUGGGGAAGAGAGGAGAGGGGCGAUGAGGCCAGGGGCGGCAGGGUGGGGGGAGAGGGCAGAUGUGACAGUGAUGGCGGAGAGGGAGCGACUGCUGCUGCUCUUCCGCUCGGCUCUGGACCUUGCUGUGGCCGGGGAGGGCGACAGGGCAGAGGGGGGGCAGGGGAGCAACAGCGGGGCGAGGGAGCAGCGCAGCACGGCCCGGUGUGAGCAAGCAGCAGCGCUUGGAGUGGCUGGGCUGGAGUGCCUGGUGUCUUUCCCCCCGCCCUUCUCCCCUCUCUCCCCCGCCCUUCUCUCUCGUGCUGCUGCACUCUUCACACACUCACUCAUCCACCUGCCGCUCCCCCCUGCCCGCCAUGCCACCACCACCAACGUCACUGCCACCACCACCCACUCUUCCACUGCCCACUCCACGGCACUGCAGCACCCCAGCAAGCCCAGUUCCACCGCCCAUGCCCCCCCCAGCACCACCCCAAGAGCGCCCAGCAGCUCGCACCCACUGCAGCCAGGGCUGUUCUCCCCGCCCCGCACGCCCCCUCAGCCCCCCAUUGCCCGCUGCCUGGUGCGCGCCCUCUCUUGUCUUGCCCACGCCGAGGCCGGGUGGGAGGGCGGAGAGAGGGACGAGGGCGGUGAGGAGGGUGUGGAAGAAGGGGGGAGAGCAGGAGAGGAAGGUGGUGGUGGAAGCGGUGAGGGUGAUGGGAGUGGGGAGGAGGAGGACAGCAUGAGUAUGAGGGAGGUGGUGCUGCCGCUGCUGGCAGUAGUGGGGGAGGAGGUGAUGGGGGUGCGCUCUGUGGGGGCAGAGGAUAGAAGAGGUGGGGAAGUGGAGGAGGCAGGGGCGGAGAGGGGGAGCACGGAGGGGGGGGACGCAGGGCGGGUGAUGGUGUGUGGGGAGGCACUGGCAGCGGUGGCGGGGGAGGUGGCAGCAGCACGGCACAUGGUGUUGCCUGCCCUCUCUGGCCUCGCCCUCCGCGCCUGCUCCACGCACCCCAUUCCAAGGCAUCAGCACGAGCCAAUCAUCGCACUGCUUCAGAUCCUCUCCACGCGCAUCCUUCCAUUGUGUGACGACACCUGCCCCUCCGAUUCUGCCUUUCUCUGCGACCACGCCGCGGCUCUCUUCCGUGCUUUCACCCACCGCCCCUCCUCCUCCGCCACCCUCCCCCCCUCCGCGUCGCCCACUCGUGCACCCGCCAGUGAAGCGGCCGUGCUGGCAGCAGCAUGUGCCACACUCACUGCUGCCGCCCACCGCUGCUCCCACCCUCACCACCUCGCCCUCCUCUCCUCCCUCGCCCCUCGCCUGCACCUCCUCACACCCUCCUCUUCUUCUUCCGCCUCCACCCCAUCAUCCAUGCACCCUGCGCCCACACCUGCACCUCUUGCGACUGCCCUUCCCAUGUGCACUGAGGAGCGUGUGAAUCGCCUCACAGCCGCUCUGCUCGUAAGCCUGCGCCCAUCGUUACUCGCUGCAGACGCCACUCACACCACUCAGUCCGCGCUCUCAGCAACUCAGGAAAAAGAUUCCCCAUCACAGAGAGAGCACACGGAGGAAAAGGAGGGCUCCAGUGGUGCAGCAGGCAUAAAUCACAUGUCUCUGCUGCAACGCCUCUUGCGCCACCUCUCCCUCAUUGCCACGUCACCUCUCGUGUCUGCUGAGUCAGCAGAGGCUGCCAUGGUGGCAGUGGCCUCGCUCGUCAAUAAGUGGCCCAAGGAGGGGCGGAAGGUUCCAGGAAGCAGCGCAGUGUGGUCUGUGGAUGAGGCACUGCAGGUAGUACUGGGGGAGGUGUUGGGGGUGGAAGGGGGAGGAGAGGUGGAGGCGGAGGGAGGAGGGGAGGUGAGAGGGAGUGGGUGGGAAGGGCAGGAGGGAGUGAGGCGGGUGCGACUGCUGGCGUGGGUGGGGUGGGCGGUAGCAGCGAGGGGCCAUGCGAGCAUGGCACGGGUGGCUCAUGCGCUCCUGCAGACUGCCAUGGGGGAGAGGGGCACGGUGGAGGGCGAGGAGAGGCUGGAGGGAGAGGAGAGGCUUGAGGGAGGUGCAGGGGAGAAGGGAGAGGAGGGUGAGGGAAGGGAGGGAGGUGCGGAAAGGGGAAGUGAGGCAGCAGUGAGUGCAGUGGGCGUGGUGGCAGUGGAGGGGUUUGGAGUGGUGAUGGGGCAGGGCGCGCAGUGGCUGAUCUCCCAAGCCCAGUGUCUACGAGCAUUCACGCACACCGUCGCCAAUGCCCCGCCUGCUGCGCUGCUCCUCUACGCCCCUCAGGUGCUGCCGCUGCUGCUCUCUGCGCUCGCCUCUCUCUCCCGCCACCGCAUCGACUCUGAUCGCCUGCACUCACUGCUGCUGCUGCUCGCCUCCUUCGCCACCUCGCAAGGCAAAGCGCGGGACCUGUGUGGGCAGCACCUCACCACCAUCGUCACCACCCUCCUCGUCCUCGCCUCCUAUCCCCACUGCAAGGAGGUGCGGGAGACGGCAGUGCAGAGCCUCACAGCACUCGCAGCACUGCCGCACACACAAACCUUCCCUCACCGCACCAAGGUGCUGAGAGCAAUGGACGGCUGUCUGGAUGAUCCCAAGCGCGCAGUGCGCCAUGCGGCUGUCAUGUGCAAAACCACCUGGUGCGUUGCGUCGCAUGACUCGCUGCUUCUUUCUCAGUUGUUCUGUUUUCUGGGCUUCGUGGUCGCUCUCAUGUGCAACGUUUUUGUGUUUCUUCAGUUAUACGGUAGCUUCCCUGAUUGUUCAUGUGCCACGUGUCUUGUUCUGUACAGAACGCGGUGGAUCCGGCGGCGGGGGGCGGCGGGGGCGGCGGCGCUGGAGGCGGAGCUGCUGGACGUGCUAGACGACAAGGGCCACCCCACGGGGGAGGCGCUUCCGCGCGGCGAGGUGCACAGGCGCGGGCUGUGGCACCGCGCGGUGCACACGUGGGUGUUCGCGGAGAAGGGCGCGCAGCUGCUGCUGCAGCGGCGCGCGGCGCACAAGGAGUCGUGGGGCGACAUGUGGGACGUGUCGAGCGCCGGCCACGUCACCACCGGCUGCUCCUCCCUCCUCACCGCCCAGCGCGAGAUGGAGGAGGAGCUGGGCCUGUCGCUGCCGGAGUCCGCAUUCCAGUGGCUCUUCCAAGACACCUUCCAAUCGGUGCUAAAGGGGGGCACGUACAUAAACAACGAGUUCAGUGACGUCUACCUCAUCACACUGCCAGAGCCCCUCCCCCUCUCCGCCUUUACACUGCAGGAGUCAGAGGUAGCGGAGGUGAAGUGGGUGCCAUGGCGGGACUACGAGGCCUCUCUGCGCGCCAGGGACCCACACUAUGUGCCCUUUGAUGUCGAACGCCUGGCCAUGGCUUCCGCCAAUUGCACUGUCGCCGCCUCAUCCCUGCACCUCUCCUGCUCCGCUCGUCAAUCCGCGCUCACAUCUCUCGCGUCCCCCGCGCCCUCCGCGCUCCCCGCGGCCCUCGCCGCCCUCUCCUCCCUCGCCGCGUCUCGCCGAACUGCUUCUCUGCCCGUCCCUGCUCGCGCGGCGCCGCGACAACACCGUCCUUCGCGCGCCCGUCGGGCUGUACGCGUUAUGGCGAGUCAAAGCGAGAGGCGCGCGCUCAUCUCUGUCUCCGAUAAGACGGGACUCGAUACGCUCGCCAAGGGGUUGCUGGAUCUCGGCUUCACGCUGGUGUCGACGGGCGGCACGGCGAAAGCCAUUGAGGAGGCGGGGCUGCCCGUGACGACCGUGGAUCAGAUCACCAACUUUCCCGAAAUGCUGGACGGGCGGGUGAAGACACUACACCCAGCGGUGCACGGGGGCAUUCUGGCUCGGCGCGCCCUGCCCGCGCACAUGGACGCCCUCGCUGCCCACAACAUCGGUCCCAUAGACGUGGUGGCGGUGAAUCUGUACCCGUUUGUGGCGACGGUGACGGCGCAGGGCGGGGCGUCAUUCGAGAAGGGCAUUGAGAACAUCGACAUUGGCGGACCCACCAUGAUCCGCGCCGCUGCCAAGAACCACGAGCACGUGUGGGUGGUGGUGGACCCCGCUGACUACCCCUCGCUGCUGGCCGCGCUCAAGGGGGACAAGCCCGAGGGGGAGGGGGGCGAGGGCGAGGAGGCGUUGAGGCGGCGGCUGGCGUGGAAGGCGUUUCAACACACCGCGUCGUACGAUGCUGCCGUGUCUGAGUGGCUGUGGCCGCACGCGCAGCCCAAGACUGAUGAGUUCGCCCCACCACCGGCCCUGGCAGUGCCGCUGACCCUGUCCGCAGUGCUGCGGUACGGCGAGAACCCCCACCAGCGUGCCGCCUUCUACGCCGAUGAGUCGCUGGGGGAGUGCGGCAAGGGGGGCAUUGGCACUGCUGUGCAGCACCACGGCAAGGAGAUGUCAUACAACAACUAUCUAGACGCGGAUGCAGCGUGGCAGUGCGUGUGGGAGAUGCCCAACGCGGCCUGUGUGGUCGUCAAGCACACCAACCCCUGCGGCGCCGCCACCGUCACGCUCCCCCCCUCCGCCUCCCCUGAAGACCAAGAAGCAGCCCUCCUGGAGGCCUACCGUGCCGCCGUCCGUGCCGACCCCGUGAGUGCCUUCGGCGGCAUCGUGGCCUUCAACCGCCCCAUCACCGCUGCGCUAGCCCGUGAACUUCGGGAGUUUCGCUCCCCCACGGACGGCGAGACGCGCAUGUUCUAUGAGAUAGUGGUGGCUCCAGGGUACACAGAGGAAGGGCUUGCGGUGCUGAAGGGGAAGAGCAAGGCGCUGCGCAUUCUGGAGGCGCAGGCGAGCAGCAAGGGGCGGCGGUCGCUGCGGCAGGUGGGGGGUGGGUGGCUGCUGCAGGACUCGGAUGACCUGGAUGCUGAUGACCUCACGCUCACUGUCGUCACUAAGAAGCAGCCCAGUGAGGCUGAUUUGGAGAACGCACGGUUUGCGUGGCGGGUGGUGAAGCACGUCAAGAGCAACGCCAUCACCAUCGCCAAGGACGGGCGGCUGCUGGGUAUGGGGAGCGGGCAGCCCAACAGGGUGAAGAGUGGGCAGAUCGCGCUGGAGAAGGCGGGCGACGAGGCCAAGGGCGCUGCUGCCGCCAGCGAUGCCUUCUUCCCCUUCGCAUGGGGAGAUGCAGUGGAGGCGGCGUGCAAGGCGGGGGUGUCGGUGAUAAUCCAGCCAGGCGGCAGUGUGCGGGACCAGGACGCCAUCGACUGCUGUGACAAGUAUGGUGUCGCCAUGGUCUUCACCAACGUGCGCCACUUCCGCCACUAG